UCCCCGUCCCCCCCGCCCCUCGGGGCUCCCUCCCCGUGCCCGUCCCGCGGAGCCUCGCCGUGCCCGGUGCCAGAGCAGCGGGGGCGGCCAUGGGGAAGGAUUAUUACCGCACGCUGGGGCUGUCCCGGGGGGCCUCCGCCGCCGACAUCCGCCGCGCGUACCGGCGGCAGGCGCUGCGCUGCCACCCCGACAAGGACCGCUCCCCGGGCGCCGAGCAGCGCUUCAAGGAGGUGGCCGAGGCCUACGACGUGCUCAGCGACCCCAAAAAACGGGAGAUCUUCGACAAGUACGGGGAGGAGGGGCUGAAAGGGGGAGCCCCGGCCCCCGGGCCGGGGGGCUCCAACGGCCCCACCUUCACCUACACGUUCCGCGGCGACCCGCACGCCAUGUUCGCCGAGUUCUUCGACGGGCGCAACCCCUUCGACACCUUCUUCGUGCAGCGCAACGGCGACGAUGAGGACGGCGACGAGGCCUUCAACACCUUCCACGUGGGGGGCUUCGGCAGCGUCAGCUUCCCGCGGGGCCGGGGGGGCGAGGGCCGCAAGCAGGACCCCCCCGUGCUGUACGACCUGCGCGUGUCGCUGGAGGAGAUCUACAGCGGCUGCACCAAGAAGAUGAAGAUCUCCCACAAGCGCCUCGGCCCCGACGGGAAGACGGUGAGGAACGAGGACAAGAUCUUGACCAUCGAGGUGAAGCGAGGGUGGAAGGAGGGCACCAAGAUCACCUUCCCCAAGGAGGGCGACCAGACCCCCAACAACAUCCCGGCCGACGUGGUGUUCGUGCUCAAGGACAAGCCGCACGACGUGUUCCGCCGCGAGGGCUCCGACAUCGUCUACCCGGCCAAGAUCAGCCUGCGCGAGGCUCUGUGUGGCUGCACGGUGACCGUCCCCACGCUGGACGGCCCCUCCAUCCCCAUGGUGUUCCAGGACGUGCUCAAGCCGGGCGUCAAGCGCCGCGUGCCGGGCGAGGGGCUGCCCUUCCCCCGCUCGCCCGAGCAGCGCGGCGACCUCGUCAUCGAGUUCGAGGUCAAAUUCCCCGACAGGAUCCCCCCGGCCUCCAAAACCCUCCUGGAGCAGAUCCUGCCCCUCUAGUGCCCCCCAGAACCCCGCCCGGGGCCUGCGGGGGUGCGGACUCGGGGGGAGACCCCAGAAACACCCCCGGCGUUGGGGGGGGUCUCGCUGCGCUCCUGCGCCUCGGGGGGUUUUGGGGUGUCCCUGUCGCCAGUCUCGGAGCUCGGAGGGGUUUUGGGGUCACCCCGCUGUCCCGGGGGGUUUUGGGGUGUCCCUGUCGCCAGUCUCGGAGCUCGGAGGGGUUUUGGGGUCACCCCGCUGUCCCGGGGGGGUUUUGGGGUGUCCCUGUCUCCAGUUUCAGAGGGGUCUUGGGGUCACCCCAGUGUCCCCCCUGUUCCGGGGGUUUUGGGGUCAUCUGAUGGGAGCAGAAGUUGUUCUCGCUGUCCCGGGGGGUUUUGGGGUGUCCCUGUCCCCAGUCUCGGAGCUCGGAGGGGUUUUGGGGUCACCCCGCUGUCCUGGGGGGUUUUGGGGUCACCUGAUGGGGCAGAAACUGUUCUCGCUGUCCCGGGGGGUUUUGGGGUGUCCCUGUCGCCAGUCUCGGAGCUCGGAGGGGUUUUGGGGUCACCCCGCUGUCCUGGGGGGUUUUGGGGUGUCCCUGUCGCCAGUCUUGGAGCUCGGAGGGGUUUUGGGGUCACCCCGCUGUCCCGGGGGAGUUUGGGGUCACCUGGUGGGGGCUGACCUUGUCCCCGCUGUCCCGGGGGGUUUUGGGGUGUCCUUGUCCCCCAUCUCGGAGCUCGGAAGGGUUUUGGGGUCACCCCGCUGUCCCGGGGGGUUUUGGGGUCUCCCUGUCGCCAGUCUCGGAGCUCAGGGGGGUUUUGGGGUCACCCCCCUCUCCCAUGGGAUAUUGGGGUGUCCCCCCCCGGCGUGGAGGUCCGGGUGACCUUUGUGCUGUGGUUUGGGGGGUCCCGAGGUGACUUUGUGGGAAUUUGGGGGUCCCCGGGGUCUUUGGGGGGGGGUCUGUCCUCGUCACCCCAUUUCUGUGCUUUGGGCGCUCUCCC